AUAGUAAUGUCUGAUCCUGAAAACGCUUAAGAGUAUAAAACUUUAUUUCCAGAAUUUAUUAAAUAGGACUAAAUACACUGUUACAUAGUAAUAGAGUUAAAAUGGUGUUGAAAGGAUGUUUUUUGUCUGUAUUAACCAGUAUGCGAAGCUGGAAAUGGAGUACUCCAUGUAUGGAACUGGGAUCCUGAAAAACUGCACUGAAAAGUAAAAAUAAAAGUAUGGGUAUUUUAUUGUGGCUCACCAUCUGUCAUUUCUUUUUUACUUUUGAGAGGUAACAGCAACAAGCCUACUAGAAGUAGGCAUCUUCAAAGUAUUUUCCUGAGAAAGAACAACAACCAUGAAAAAACCCUGAGAAAACAUUAAUUAUUGUCUGAAGUUAUUACACAGGUUUGUUUCUCAGGAGGUUUUAUAUGUGACUGUAGCCUGGGAAAUGACUGGCCAUUUGGAAUAGAAUGUUUCCAAAUUAUUUGGUUUUUUGUGCCCCGAAGAAGUACAACCAAAGGAUGAAAUGGUCCUGGGCUUCACAGCAUACUGAUCAGCGUAGUGAUGAUUCUAAUAAUUUAUCAGAGAAUCACAGAAUAAGCUGAGCUGGAAGGGACCUACAGGGAUCUUCGAGUCCAACUCGUGGUCCUGCACAGCAUUAUCCACAAGAGCCACACCAUGUCCUUAAAGCAGUAAAUAUUUGCACCACCAAAUGUUCGUGGUCAGAUUCUGGGACAGAAUUGCCAAUGAACUCUCGCUCCUGCUUGGUUUCAUACCCAAAACACUCACUAAGCUACACAUGGAAUUGCCAUUCCCGAGGGCUUUGGGUCCUGACUCCCAUUGUGUGCAGCCUCCAAGGAAAACAUGACUUCAUUCUGAAGGGAUUUUUCACCUUUUUCAGUUUAAGAAUGUUGAGAUUAACCCUGAGUUUGGAGCCCUGCUGGGUCCGGCCUGUGCUCUCUGAGGGCACGUCCAGGCCGUGAGGCGCCUCCACAGCCAGGGCACAGCGGGACCCACAUCGCCAAAUUCCCAUUAAAAACCUGUUGCCAUGCUCCUUUUAGACCCACAAAAUAUACAACUUAUCCUUCUAUUGUGUAGAGUGGUGACUUCUUAGAGAAAAACACAAGUGAGCAUUCACCCAGUGAUGCUUCCAAGAGCAUUUUCAGUGGCUGACCCUGAAAGAGUCAGAGGACGCAAACCUUUAGAAACACCAGGAGCUGAAGAGAAGAAAACACAGAAAAAGGAUAAGGCAAGAAAGGAAAGAAAGAAAUGUGGACCAUGUCUCCAUGCCCAAGGUGAUAGAAAAGCAGGAUGGAAGAAAUGGCCGGCUGUGAAAGCCCCGUGCUUGAACUCCUCCUUUGUAACCCUGCAGAGCGGGGUGGUUUACCAGGACAGAAACGCCACGGCCCAGCGAAUAUCCUCAGCCAGGCUCCACAGAAUCAAAGAGCUGAAGAACGAAAUAUUCGACAUUGGAAGGAAAAUCGAGGCGUCGAGCUUGGAGAACCAGGCUUUGAAAGAGCUGAACCGCCGGCACGCCAGGGCCAUCGGCAGGUACAACAAUGCCGAGAGCCACCUGCAAGGGCUGCUGGCAGGGCAUCGCAAGGAGACCACAGAGCUCGGCAAACUCCUCAAGAUGUCCCAGGAGGCGGAGAAAAACACGGCCAAGGAGCUCAAAAAAGUUGAAGCGGAGCUGAGGAGAACUAAUGGUGAUCUGAAGACUUUGGUUAUGCUGUCAGAAGACAAAGCUCUGGCGGAGAGGGAGGAACUCAGUCACAGGUUGUCAGUCCUUAACAAAACGUUGGAAGCAAAGGAUGAGAGGAUACAGAAUCUGGAAAUGCAGCUGAAGCUGAACAACAGCACUUAUAGUCGUUGGCUGGCAAGUGAGAGUAAAAAACUCCUGGAAGCUACAAUGAUCACAAAAGGCUUGCUAAUGGAAAUUAACAUCGUUCACCAAAAAAUUAAGGAAAAGGAUCGGCAACUUUACAUACAGAAUAUUUAUGCAAAUCGGAUGCCAAAAGCCCUGAGGGACAGAAGUGAUUGGCUUCCUAAUGACCAAAGUCUGAGAGCAGACAGAUCAGUACAAGUAGAUAAAGAGAGUUUUAGAGAACUGCUGCUGUCUCAGCACCAGGAUACAGAGAAAAAUCCAAUGCAGCUAAAAAAGGAGAAAAGAGGAGAUAAGGGUGGAGAAGGUAAAGCAAGAGAAGUGUGCUCAGAUGCCUGGGGUAGAAAAGAAAAAGAAGAAACCAAGGAAGUACCAACACCAGAAACUUCUAACAGGACACACAGAGGGGGCAAACUACUGAUGGAAAAAGGCAAUUUUUCAGAAUUUAUUAAAGAAAUGGAAAAAGAGACAGAGUUUCUUAAACAGAAGUUGAAAAGUCUGAUGAAAUCUGAACAAAAUCCUCAAAGAGACGGAGCAAAGGAGAACAAUCAAGAGGGAGAGGCAGUGGAAGAAGUUGAAAAAGAAGAGAAGAAACCGUAUGAGCAGCAAAAGAAGAAAGCCAGGAGUGAAGGAGCAAUUCCAAGCAAAGACUUUGCUAGGCUGAAAAAAAUCUACCUCUCCUCAGAAGGUGUUGAGAGUUUGCAUCAGGGGCUCCACACCUCAGGUGCCAAAUGCAAAGCAGGCAGCCAGAGCCAGGCAGGCCAGAGCUGCAGGGACACUGCUGAGUCCAGGGGGAAAAUCUCCUUUGGGGCUUAUGAGCCUUCUUUUGGGCAAAUCCCCCUGGCCAGGCAGGGUGGCAGAUGUGGAGUGGAAGAAAGAGCUGAGGAAGGAGGUUUUUGGGGAGGGCUGUUUGCAAGGAGACGGCCCCACGAGUUCCAGCAGCAGCAGGGUGAAGGCAGGCAAGUGAGGGGUGAGAGGCAAAUCCCAAACUCCAGGAGAGGGUUCAGCUCUCCUCGUUAAAACCAGCUCCAGAGAAUGUACAAUGAUUUCUGGUAGUUAAGUAUAUCAGCUUACCUUUAGAAAGUUUAUACAUUCAGAUUGUUAAAAAAACAAACGUUUUACUGAAAUUUUUAUUAAAUCUUACAAGCACUGGCUCCAUGAUUUUUUCCAAAACAAUCCAAUCGUCACAAAAAAACCAUUCUGUGCUCGGUGUGUAUUCACAAAAAUGUGUUGUAUUGAGAAUUCCUUAUUGUUUUCACCUGUUACCAGGAAAAAGUUAGUCCAUGUUUAGGAACUUCCAGGUUUUUGCAUUCCCAAGGAGCUGGAAUUUGGAAGCUGGGUUGUUGUCAGCUCCCUGACACGAGAACCUGCUUUUGUAAGGUUCACUGCUGGGUGAGGACCAACAAUGCAAUAAAAAACCCACUUUUUUAGUUCCUUCACUCCCCAAACAGCUUCCAGAAGUCAGAGAUAAUAAAAAUAAUUUGCUCCUACAUUGUUUUCACAAGCAUUAGAAACCUCUAAAGCCUCAUUCUUUCCCACUGUUGGAACUUAUCAAAGCCGUUUGCCUGGUAACUUCCCCAGCUGACAUCCAGAGAUGAAUGUGCAAGAGGAAAGCAUUGUUUUGGAGAAGUCAGGCAUAGCCAGUCCCCAAAAAGCCUCUAAAAAUCCUUGUUUAAGGUUAUGUAAGCGAGGGGAGGAGGAUUGUGUUUUGUUCCUCACAGUAAUUAAUUUAAUACUUGCUAAAUUCAUGUGAAGUUUGGAAAUAUUAGAGGCAUUCUGUUAAUUUUUAAAGGCAGUAGCAGUUUUAAAAAUGUCAGAAAUUACACCACAAAAGCUUUUAAAGAUGACAAAGACAUUCAGACCUGAACCUGCUUGCAACAACAUUUCAAAGGUUUAGAAAAAUAGUUAAAAAAAUAAAUGAGUCCAGUUGAUUCAAACAGUAUUUUCUUAUGCACAAACACAGGGGGGGUGUUGUUUUGGCUUGGAUUUUGGUGCCUUUGGGGUUGGAUUUUGCCAUUUUGGCUUUGUUUGUUUGUUUGGAGGUUUUGUGGAUCAUUUAGGAAAACUGAAGUUAACAUUAAAAAAGAAAUGAGAAAACCUAAGAUGGGUUGAAAAGCUUUAUUUCCUUAAUAAAAUCACAAUUAUACAUAACAUUCAAUCACAUUUUUACCUUGAUAUUUAUUUUCAUGUUGGCUAAAUACAACUCCUAAUAUAAAAUCCCAAUCUUUAAAUUAACAUUAAAAAAAACAAACAAACAAAAAUAUUUAAUCUAUAUAUAUAUACACACAACAGAACCUCACCUUUUGAACUGGUUUUUAAAGGCAGUGCCAAUUUUGGAGGGUCCUGGCCCCUUCCUUCCUGCAGGGAGGAAAAGGCCUUGGAAUAGCAGAACAGAUCAUUCCUCUGUGGGAAUUCCAGAGUGGGAAGCUAAAUCAGCAUCCCCUCUGCAGGAACAACACUGUCUUCUACAUCAUUGACAGCAGCCUGUGUUUGGCAGCUGAAGAAACCUCUUCAAGAGAUAAAAUCUUGAUUAAACACAUCUAUUUUUUUUAGGACAGCACAAGAAUAUUCUAAUUUUAAGGUAAAAAAAAUCACAAAGAAACUCUCUUUUGUCCCAAGCCAAGCAAACCACCUCCCUCUGCCCUCUGCACCACCCUACAUGAUCCACCUCGGGGUGAAGCUACCACAUUUUACAGCAAAGGAACAGCCAGGCUCCCAAAUUAAUUCCUAAAGCCAGCACAUUUCCAAUUUAAAACCACAAUUCAACACUUUUAGAUGUUGGUGACAACAAGCCACAGCAAAACCUUAUGGCUCUGCCACGAAUAAACCCAAAAUGAGGUUUUAUAACCAGCAAUGCUGUUCUUUCCAAACUGAAAGGCAAACUCUGGGAAGAGAAAUCAAAAGGACUGACUGAUAAUCCAAAUGGAAUAACAAGGAUUGCCUCAGACCUUGUCUCAUGAAAGAUAACUGUCCCUUUUUUAAAAAAA